CUCCAAGCCCAGCUGGGCCGACCAGGUGGAGGAGGAGGGAGGAGAGGAUGACAAAUGCAUCACGAGUGAGCUGCUGAAGGACCUCCCCCUGCCCGGGGUCCUGGGGGGCCCCUCCAGCGCCGAGGCCGAGCUGCUCAAGGGAGGGCCCCUCCCGUCCCCCAAGGAGCUGAUCAACGGGAACAUCAAAACCAUCACGGAAUAUCGGGAGGAGGAGGAUGGACGCAAGGUCAAGAUCAUCCGGACCUUCCGCAUCGAGACCAGAAAGGCCUCCAAGGCCGUGGCCCGUCGGAAGAACUGGAAGAAGUUUGGGAACUCAGAGUUCGACGCCCCCGGGCCCAACGUGGCCACGACCACCGUGAGCGACGACGUCUUCAUGACCUUCAUCACCA